CCGGCCCGAGGGGAGAAUCACGUGAGGCCGUUAUCCAGCGAACACUAGGGGCCCGCCAGGUUCCUCAUUCCGCCCGGCCGGCUGGAAGUCAGGGGCCAUCUAUAAAAAGCAACCCAGUCGGUCCCUUCCUCGGCUGGUUUUAGGGAGUGUGGACGCCACCGGGGCAGCAGCAUCCGGGGCCUGGACCAGAAACGCCCCCUUUCCUCAGGUGGCCUGGGAGCCGGCGCGCGACUCGAGCUCGCGGCGCCUGACCUGGAGUCAUGGCCCGGUGCGGAGCGAGCGGCGCGGGCCCCCAGGCACCCCCGGGAGCCUGCAAAAAGGGGGUGGCUGAGCGUCGCCGGCUUCGGGCGAUGGUGUCGGAGCAGCUGAGCCAAGAUCUCCUCAGGCUUCUAAGAGAAGAAAUCCAUACAGAUGUCACUUUUUGUAUAGGUCCUACAUUGUUCAAAGCUCACAAAGCUGUGCUUUUAGCAAGAGUUCCAGACUUCUGUUUUCACACUAUUGGAAAAACAUUAAAUAAUUGGGAGAACCAUGUUCCUGUUGCUGUGGAGAACUUCGAACCUUCAGAAUUUAGAACAUUUUUACAGGUUGUAUAUUCAUCAGACAGAAACAUAAAAAACUAUGAAGAAGAAAUCCUGAGAAAGAAGGUGUGUGGAAACAGGUUACAGCAGGAAACUCUGAGUGCCGAUAUAAAUUCUGGAAAGUGUGCUGAAAGUGAUGGAUGGUCAGCUACUUCCCAGAGUAGUUUGACAAGGCUUCGAGAUGGAAAUUUGGUUGGUUCCUCUCUUACUGAUUGUGAAGUUCCAGAAGAAACCAGUGAUAAUGGGAACAACUCGGAUUUUAUAGACAGUUCUGACCUGGAACCUGCAUCUGAGUUAGGAGAAGAUUUGUUGAAACUUUACAGAAAGCAUUGCUGCCCAGAUAUUGAUAUUUGUAUUGAUGGGAAAAAUUUUCAAGCCCAUAGGGCUAUUUUGUGUGCCAGAUCUCGUUAUUUUGCGGCAAUGCUGAGUGGAUGUUGGGCUGAAAGCUCCCAAGAGCACAUCACUCUUCAAGGUGUAAAACCAAUAGAAAUGAAUGUUAUGAUGCAUUUUAUAUAUGGAGGAACCCUGGGCUUUCCAAAUAAAGCUAAUGCAGGUCAAAUACUGAACCUGGCAGAUAUGUAUGGAUUAGAAGGGUUAAAAGAAGUAACACUUUAUAUUCUUAAAAGAGACUACUGUAAUUUCUUCCAGAAGCCUGUCCCAGGGAGAUUGGAGGCUAUACUAGAAUGUCUCAUUAUUGCUCAUUCGGUGGGAGUGGAAAGUCUUUAUGAUGAUUGUAUGAAGUGGAUUGUAAAGCAUUUUGCAAGGUGUUGGUCAGAGAGAAGCUUUGCAAAUAUCCCUCCUGAGAUCCAGAACAAUUGCCUUACAAUGCUGAUUCGGUCUUUAAAUGACAAAAAUGCUGCCUUUCUUCUGAUGGAAAGUGACAGACUAAUCAUCAGCCUUCCCAGGGUGAAGUGGACUGAAGCAGCAUUGACCAUGGCAUCUAGGCUGCAAGAAGAAUGUAUAGCAUUUAUUGUGGCAAACUUCUCCCAGAUAAUACAGAGUGAGAACUUUGCUCUUCUUUUACAGUCACAAGCAAUGAGUAGCACACCAGAUCUCUUGGACAAAGUUCUUAAAGCAAUUGAGAAAAACAUCACCACUGAGAAUAGCUGUUUACUUCUAAUGGCUGUGGAUACUCUGCUGAAUGCUGAAAGUACAAAGGAAAUGGGUUUUACGUGCAAGAUCCAGGCUCUGCGUGAUAAGCUGUGGCUCUUCCUGGUUCAGUCUUUUUAUGCUGUUCGUCACACAGAAAGCUGGAGUCUGAUGAGACCAGAUGAUCAGCAGAAGAUCCAAGCAGCUGCAUUUGAUAAGGGUGAUGAUCGAAGACUUGGCAAAAAGCCGAUAUUCAGUAGUUCUCAGCAAAGUAGACCCACUUCAGACUCUAGUGAUAUAAAAAACAGAUCUUGGAGAGGAAAAGACAAGAAAGACUACUGUAGUUACCCCUCCACUGAUCAAGAGAAAAUGAAAUCUGAUGGGCUAGGUGCUUCUGGACAUGCAUCAAGUACAAAUAGAAAUUCUGUGAAUAAAUCUUCAAAACACGAUGAUUUAAAGGGAAAGGACAGUAAAAAAGCAGUGUCUAAGAUUACGAAAGAUAUUAAAACUGGGGAAAAGAUUGCUUCUGGAAAACCUAGAGCUGUUAUAAAGCCCAAAAUAGAAAAUGAUAACACUAAGACUGAUGCGAUCGCUCGACAAGAUAUUGAGCGCUCCUCUUCCUCCUCGAGUGGACAGAAAAACUCAGCAAGUGGAACAGGAGUAAAAACCCCGGAAGGAAAAGGGGCAGGUGCUCGGCCCAAAACCCUCCCUGGAAGCUCCGACGUGCCAGCUAAAGGAAAGCCUCUGAAGAAGAGCACCGGGAAGGCUUCUCCCUGCCCAGGGGCCGCAGGCACUCUCGGCAAGUCGGCCAGUUCAAGUGCAGAAUUGCAGAGUCCCAGUGAGCCCCUGGACCAUCCAGAGAGCGGGUCUGUGAAGGAAGAGAAGCUUGACAGCAAACCCUCUCCAUGGGAUUCUCCUCCAGGAAGCCGAACAGUGAGCAGCACCUUGCAGACUUCUGCAGGUUCUGCUGCAGCAGUGAAAUCCCGGCCUGUUUCAAGGAAUUCUGAGGGAGCUUCCAAUAAAAAAAGGGUUAAUGAACAUGAGACUCACACAAGUAAUAGUAUGACUAGGAAGAUUCUCAACAAGGGGUCUAGUGAUCAUGUCUCCCAAGCACUUUUGAAGAAGAGAGGACACAGUGGUUCUGCAGGCCUACAACGAGCAAAGAGUGCCCCAUCUAGUCUCACUAAAACCCAAGGAUCCCAAGGAGAUUCACCAAAUUCAUUAAAAUCUACAGCCUCUCUCAAACAUUCUGAAGAAAAUGUGACACAGUUAAAUCAUUCUAUACCAUUAGCUAAAAAAAAAGCCACAAAGCAAGGACAUGCAUCCUUGGCCAAAGCCAAUGUAAGAACGAUGGUGGCCAAAAUUCAAGUGCCCUCAAAGAAAAGUGAAACUGUUAACAAUAAAGACCAGAAGCAGAAAAGCAUUUCUGGGCAGUCUACAGUAAAGUGUCAGUCUUCUUCCCAAAGGCCUUCAAGAAGUGAAUCACCUGUGACCCUAAAAAACACACAUAAUUGGGGCCAGAAAAUCGAACCUGUUAAUGAUAGUAACAAAGCCAAACAAAAGCAACAUAGGCUACCAAUUAAUCCUGUACUGGAGACCAAUGGGGAGGAAGCAUGUCCAUCAUCCAAUCCACCUGAUCCACGAAAACCAUUAAAUUGUGAAGAAAAUGAUAAGCCUACAAUAGAAUCUGAAUUGUCGCUCCCUCCUAUGAGCAUUCAGAUUGUUCCUAAAUCGAAUGAAGCAGUCAAAAGUGAAGUAAAAUCCAAACUGAUCUUUAAGGAUCAAAAUGACACAAAAUCUCUUGGUGAUGGAGAAGCAGGUCAUUACGAUUCGCCCAAGAUGCACAGCACUGAUGGGGGUGGUGAUGCUGAAUCAGCAUUUUAUAGCAGCGCUGAUCUAAAACCCUUGACUUCAAGUCCAAAUCCAGCCCAGCAGUAUGAGAUUAUUUGUAACUUUGUGGGUAAAAACCAUUUAGACUCAGCAGAUGGAAAGCACUUGUCACCAGAGAGGGGCAGCUGUCUGGGACAAAAGGGUACAAAUGUAAUGUCAGACGCUAAAAAUGGGGAAGGCGCUUUAGCGGGCCUUUCAGAAAGGGUAAAUACUACUUUUAAUCCUGUACAAGAUAAAAGGAAAUCUAAUGUUUUUGUAGAAGAGCUGACCGUCACUAGCCAGUUACCUGAUGACUAUUCUGUGAAAGAAGAUGAGCAUGUUGCAAACAAAUCAGAUAUUUCAAACAAAGGAAAUUCUCCUAAAGAUGUAAACCCAGCAGAAACACCAGAGAGCCAUGAAAAUCUGGAAUCUCCUUUUGUGGGUCAUUGGAAUUUGACUACAGGUGUGGUACACCAGAGGGAGAGUCCUGAAUCUGAUACUGGUAGUGCAACCACUUCCUCUGAUGACAUAAAGCCUAGAUCAGAAGAUUACGAUGCUGGAGGGUCUCAGGAUGAUGAUGGGUCAAAUGAAAGAGGGAUUUCUAAAUGUAGCACUAUGUUAUGUCACGAUUUUCUUGGAAGAAGUAGUAGUGAUACUAGCACUCCUGAGGAAUUAAAAAUAUAUGAUAGUAGUUUAAGGAUUGAAGUAAAAGUGAAAAAGCAAAGUAGCUCUGAUAUUUUCCAAGUUAAUUCAACAAGUGAUGAUGAAAUUCCUAGAAAAAGGCCUGAAAGUUUGUCUCGACAAGGGAUGGCAGUAGACAAUCCUCAGGAGAAAGAACAUCUUCCACGAGGAGGUGUUCCAUUUGCUCAGGAAACAGACCCGGUUUCUUCCUCAGCAGAUGAAACAGAAGAUGAAAGAUCUGAAGCUGAAAACGUCACAGAAAAAUUUCCUUUGUCUGACCCAGCUCCUCAGCAGUUCCAAGGAAUUGUCAAUUUGGCUUUUGAAGAUGCAGCUGACAAUGAAAGCCGGGAGUUUCCUGCAGCUAAAAAUUUUAAAAGAUCAGUUUUACUCUCUGUGGAUGAAUGUGAAGAAUUGGGAUCUGAUGAUGGGGAAAUUCAUACCCCCUUUCACCGCUCUGUCAAUACUCUGACUCCUCAGGUUUUUGAUAGUCUUUCUCAUGAACAUCAUGGAAAAACCUCAUAUUCCAGAUACUCAUUAGAAACUGAAGAUAGUUUUUUAGAGUGCAAACAACGUGAAAAAAGUGACAAAUUAGAAAAAAAUGGGAGCUCCCUCUUGGACCCUAAUAUAUUUGAAUCUGCAGGAAGAGAUAAAGAGGGUACUUUAGCUAGGGGAAAAAAUCAUGCAGCAGAUACGCUGGGCAGAGCAGAUGGUCCUUGUCUCCCAGAAGACAUGAAUGUAAGUAUUAGGAGUAAAGAGAACAAUGAAGUACAACAGUGCAGCAAACUUUAUGAUGGUGAAAUAAAAUCUCAAGAAAGACCUUGUCAUUUGGCACUUCAUCAAGGAGAACCCAAUUCAGACACACCAAAGACCAACAACUCUACCUGGUCUGUGGACUCCCGGAGGAGCCAGGUUCUGACUCAGGAAGGUCAAGUGAGAGAAAUCUGCCAUGCAGCUACUGAAAAUGCUAAUACUGCUCUCACUGCAGGAGACAUAGAUGAUUGUGACACAUUGGCACAAACCUGCAUGUAUGAGCAUCGGCCUUCAAAAACCCUUUCUCCAAUCUAUGAGAUGGAUGUUGUAGAAGCUUUUGAACAGAAAAUGGAUUCAGAAACACAUUUCACAGACAUGGAUUAUGAAGAUGACCAACACUUUGCAGAGCAAGAUUGGACUCUUCUAAAGCAACUGCUGUCUGAGCAGGAUUCAAACCUCAAUAUAAAAAACUCUGUUCCUGAAGACCUAAAUUUAGCACAGUAUCUGAUCAAUCAGACAUUGCUUCUAGCACGAGACAAUUCAAAACCUCAGGGUAAAGCACAUGUGGACACUUUGAGCAGAUGGAGUGAUCUCACAUCUCCACUUGAUGAUUCUUCAGCAAGCCUCGCUAUGACAAGUUUUUCCUCUGAAGAUUGUUCUUCUCCCCAAGGAGAAUGGACAAUUCUUGAACUAGAAACUCAACACUAAAGAGGUCACAAAUUUUGGAAAAUAUUGGACUUUCUUACCCUUAUUUUUUAUGCUUAUUAUCCAUGUGAUAACUGCAUUAGCCAAAGGCAGACAGCCCUGGGUAUGGAGGGCUUUCUAAUCUUUCCAAUUUACCCAGGUAAAUGUAGUUCAUUUGUCCAUGAAUAUAAUCACAGUUGGGGGAAAAAUUCAAAGCUUCAACAAAUGUUUUUUUCUAAGUAUCUUGAGCAUGUUACUAUAGUUCUUUGGGAAAUUAGGGGACUUGUAAGAAAUUCUUGUCUCAGUUUUCCUUUCCCAACUGGUCAUUUGUUCACUUGUCCUUUAAUACUCAAGAUGUGAAUGCACAAUAAGUGGAGCAGUCCCAUUCCUUUGUGCUCUGCAUAUGGUAACAUGGUAAUUUUCACCAAUAAAAGAUUCACUGUGCUUGUGUCAGUUUAUCUGCACCUCAUCUGUGCUUAUAACACUCAAACCGAACAGCUGAGUGCCAAAUUAGGGUGGCAUUGAGUUGAGGUCAGUGCUGAACAUCAGGAAAGCCUUAGUCUAGCUUUCCUAACAAUUUAUAUUGAAGAAAUAAUGAUGUUCACUUACCCAAGACCAUCACCACUUCUUCUCAGAUGAGGGAAGUGGCAAAUAAUGUAAAUCAAAGUGGGGGGGAGGGAAUGCAGGUAUUUGAAAUUCCCCUGCCUCACUUUCCCCCUUUAGGAAUAGUGAGGAAAUCCAUCUUCCCUUAUCUAAACACAUGUUCAAUUCCUUCCCUGAUUACUUCGUGAGAGAAAUCUCUUGGAAUAGUAUAUUUGGGAUGGAUGUCAACCCCAGGGUAAGUAAGGAGAGAUUUCUGUGGGUUCUGUGGGUUUUAGUUUCCAUUCCAAAAGUAUUUGUUGGUUUGGUGAGUGUUUUCUUUGUGUGGCUCUAGUUCCUAGUUCCAUUUUUCUGCAUCUGAUUACCAUUCCCUCUAUAAUUAAGGUUGAAGAUGAAAUUUUAUUCUGCCCUCUACCCCUGAAUAAGUACUUGAACAACUAGAUGUGACUCAUCCCUAGAUUGGCACUAAAUGUACUAUAUUGCCUCUAAUACCCAGUUCCCUCAAUUUAGCAACCUCAACCUAGCCACUAAGGAGUUCACAUCUUAUAUUUCCUCACUCCUUGAAAUGGCUUCACUUUCAAAAUUUGAGCUCUAAAAUUCUGUAGUCUCAAAACCAUGAGGAUUGGUUCACUGCAAGUUCAGUUAUGUAACAAACCGAGCCCUUACUGAUUCACAGCAAUACUUUCAUACAUCUCUAAUUAAUUAACCCAGCACAGUCUCUCCAAUGGCUGUUCAGAGCCUCUUCUCUCUUCAAGGUCCUGGCUCCAUCCCUAAUUUUCUCUCUGUCAGCAGAUGACCUUACUUCCUACUUUGCUGAAAGAUGGCUCUCUCUCCCAUUGUCUGUACUUUCCUUUUCUCUUCUUUAUCCCUCCUAAGACAGGCUCCUCCCUUCGUACCCUUAAUUCCAUCCUCUUCUCUCCUGGACCUUGUUGCAUCCAUCAUUCCAGCGCACUCUAAUUUUCAGUCUCUUCCACUCUACUCCCUCCUGUCCCUACCUGUUAUUGUGCUCAGCUCUUUCUCGUCCUAAGAAGAUGAUCUUGCCUUCUAUUCCUUCUAUCAUCCUAUAUCUUUGCUCCCUUUCACUGACAAACUAACAGGAAGAAUAGUUCCCCUUGCUUCUUUUCUUUCUUCACUGCGCACUCCUCAAUUCCCUAUAGCACAUGAUCCCUGGAUUGCCUAAUCCAAUAGCCAUUUCUCAGUUAUUACCUUAAUUUUUGGACAAGAUUCGACACUUGACCAAUACCCCCCAUUUUUAACAUUUUAGCUUCCAUAACAGUCCUCUCUCCUGAUUCUCCUUUUAAGUUCCUAACUUCUCAGUCUUCUUCCCUGACUCAUUUUCCUCUUCGUAUCCUCCGAAUGUAGUUGCCCCCUUGCCCCUAACCUCUUGUCCUUGGUUCUCUGGCUAUACUACCUUCCUUGGGGAUCCCAUCUACUGCCAAGAUUUCAAUGAUCUCUUUUAUGUAGAUGACUCAAAAUGGGUAUGUAGCCCCAAUAUGUUUCCUGAUCUCAAGUCUCGAAUUUCCCAUGCCUGCUUGGUAUCUCUCCAAAAUGUUUCUAUCACUUCAAGCCAACAUAUCUAAAACAACUCGUUACCUUGUUCUUUCUGUUUCAACUGCUCCUAGGUUUCUUAUUUCUGUUCCUAAGAGCAUAGACCUGAAGUCAGAAGGGAGUUCAGCAGUAAUCUAGUUUUGAGAGCAUUACCAUCUUUCCAGACACCCAGGCUUAAAAGUUUGGACUCCCCUUUGACUUAUUCCCUGUCUCACAUGAGCCUUCUUGACUUCAGUUUCCCUCAUAGCUGCAUCUUUCUUCCAUGAACAGUAGAGGCCCUACUCACUUCACCCAGUCUCCUACAAUUGCUUCAUUAAUGGUCUCCUUGCUUCCAGGCUAUCCUCUGUACAAACCAUCUCUCACAUAGUAGAUAGAUUAUAAUGCAUAGGUCUAGCCAUGUCACCUGUGCAAAAACCUGCUCCCUGUUGCCAUAUUAUAGGAUAAAAAAACUUCUGUCUUGGUAUUUAGCCCUUCUGAAGUCUAACUCCACUCUACCUUUCUGUACUUAUGUCACACUGCUCCUCUUUACAAAAUUUACAUUUCAAGCAAACUAAGCUAUUAGUUGUUCUAUGAUAUUUGGGGCCUUCACUUUCCCACCUUCUUGUUUUUGAACAGGCACAUGUGUGCCUAGAACACACUUCUUCCAUGUCUGUGUUGAAGGCCUGACUUAGGUAACACCUCUUUCAUGAAGCCAUUCUUAAUUCCCCCUUCUUCUUAAUUCUCUCCUUCUCUUGCAACCCUUUGUCUGACUCUGUUUUGUCAUUCUUCUUUGUAUCAUAUUGUGCAUUUGACUUGUUUCAACUAUUGCACUGUAAAUUAAGCACAGAGGCUCUUAUUUUUCAUCUUGGUAUUCCCAAUGUUCAGUAAAUCACCUUUGCACACAGUAGGCACUUAAUAAUUAUAUAUUAAAUUGAAUUUAUACUCUUGAGGUAGGGGAGCAGAGCAAAGGGAGAUAAGGAAGUAUGUUCCUUGCAUUUGAAAGCAAGACUUGUCUCGAACAAUCUGUAGUUUAUACAUUUGCAACUGUUAGCAGUAAAUAAUCACUAAUACUUUAUUUUGUGUGAUUAGAAAACCAUGACAAUUAUGUUAGAAUUAUUUAGUAACCUAAAUACCUUUUAGAUAUUUCAGUGGAUUUAUGGAUGUAUCAGUUGUGAAUAUUCUUCACAUUGAUACUGAUUCUAACUUCCUUCUCAUGUGACAUUUUAAUACAAUAUGUUUUGAGAAUUCCUUCAAAUAUGUUCUACCCAAUGUACUAGAGAACUCCUAGUUCUUUUUUUAAUAUUUGUGGAUACUUGAAAAGCACUCAGACUUUCAGUUGUCCCUAAUUUGGUGUGUGGCCAGCUCACUUCUUUUUUUCAUCACAUCCAUGCUCAGUGAUUUUUAUGGCACAUUUCACAUCCAAGACAUCAUUGGUAAUAAGCAACAGCCUACUUAGGCCAACUAUGCUUUUUUCCAUUUACUUUUGGGUCACCUGCAUCUUUAAUCUCCUGAAAUCAUUGGGUUCCAUGAUUCUUGUAGGGCUAUAAUAUUACCUGGAGAACAUUCAUGUUAAAAAUCCUAGGUUUUUGUGGCAAGCAGCUUGCAAUCAUCAAAAGCACUAUACAGUGCUUAAAGGUGUUGUUCAGCUGUGUCCAACUCUUUGUGACCCCAUUUGGGGUUUUCUUGACAAAUAUACCGGGGUGUUUUGCCAUUUCCUUCUUUGGCUCAUUUUACAGAUAAGGAAACUGGGUCAAAUAAGGUUAAGUUGCCCAGGGUCACACAGUUAAGUGUCUGAAGUUAGAUUUGAAUUAAGUCUUCCUGACUCCAGACCAGGUGCACUCUCCACUAAGCCACCUAGUUGACACUUAAAUGUAACCCAACCCAGUAUUCUACUUAAUUUUAUUCCUUUUCAUUGGUCAUUUGCAUCACUUGCAAAUAGUAUGUUGUAUUAACUUUGAUCGAAUGAGCUGUCCAUCCAAUUACAUGUUAUAAUCUGUGUAAUAUGUAUGCUUUGGUCCUUUUUAAUUUUUCCAGUAUGUGUAGUUAGUCUGGUUUCUUGAAAGAGCAUGGAUUUUGUUGAGAAGUUUUCUCAUCUACUGGGUUUAAUGAAAUUAGUACAAUGUCACUUGCAAAUUUGGAAAUCCUCAUAAUUAAUAAGAAAGUAUAUUUGUACUUCAUUUUGACCAGGUUACUGAACAAAGUUAUCUCCACAACUGCAUUUGUCAUAGAGUCUGGUCUGAUUUUAACUGAGAAAUCUUAUUUUUAAAGAGCCUUCAAAAGAACAUUUUGUUCUACUGAGUUGAAGUUAGCAAAAAGACAAGGACUCUGUGGGAACUUUUACCCUCUAUUUCUCUUAAUGAGUUGUGUGAUGGCAAAGAUAUUGGAAAAAUAAUCAUCUUCAAAGCUUCCAUGUUAUAAUUUUCAUCAGGAAUACCAUAAAUGUAUUGAUAGGCAUUUUGCAUAAAGAUUAUAUAGAGAGAUGAAAAAGUAGGUAGGUAGUUUCUCAUAUCUUUUUGGUUACUUUUUUUGGUCAAAGCUAUCAUCUGUGAUCUUUUACUUUCUUUUAUAAUCUUAGUGAUACAUUGAAAAUUGAUCCCCAGAAUUAUCAUAAUUACCAAAAAAUAUUAUAGAUUUCUAAUAUAUACAUAUAUAUAUAUAUGUGUAUAUAUAUAUAUAUUUAAUCAGGUUUAGCUGCUUUUCCUGACUUGAUCAUUUCAAGAACCAUUGCUACUUUAUUAAUAGAGAACAUGAAGUAUGAGUUAAUAGUCUAGAUCUGAUAGAUGUAGAUAAUCUACCAUUUAGUCUAUGAUGAGAAUAGAUCAAGAUGGAAACCUCAGCAGAUCCAUCUCAUUUCAUACUGAUUUGUUGUCUUUGAUUUCAUAUAUAAAUGGCCUCACCUCAGGUUUCCUACAGGCUUAUGGGUGCUUUUCAGCACCUUGUAGCAUUCUGCUCGUAAUCUGAAGACCUUGUACUCUGCACCACUGUUGCCCUUAACUGCCAUUGAACUCUCUGCAUAGGAAGGAGAGUGCGCAUUUCUGCCUAAGGUGGUGUCUGAAGCCUGUUGGUCUAUUUGUGAUGGGGCUGCUUGGCAUUGGCUCAACUCAAAGAAAUACUUAGAGUCAGAAUUCUUCACUUUGGGCCAUUUUCUGGUUUUUUAAAGCUGACUGAGUUUGGCACAGAUGGAACAACAGAUAGAUCUAAUGGGAGAUCUUAGGGAGAAAAUAGGAGCAUUUAGCUCUGACCCCCAUAAGUUCACCAUCACCAGGCCAACAUGAGCACCAUCAUCAGAUGCUGAAAGAGCUGAUGUGGUUGCUAAGCUACUAUUAAAUUAUCUGUAAGAUGAUGGUGAAUGAGAGAGGGUAUUGCAGGUUUUGAAAAAGGCAAAUGUCCCAUUUAAAAAAAGAGAGAGAAUUGAGUCUGUAAACUGUAGGUCAAUGAGUUUAACAUCAAUUCCUACAAAAUUCUAGAACAUUACCAAGGGAACCAGGAUAAUGAAGGGUCUUGAGAUCACACCCUGAGCAUUGGUUGAAAGAACUGGCUUUUUUUUAGCCUGAAGAGAGAAGAAUAAGAGGUAGACAAAAUAGCCAGCAUGACAUAAUGGACAGAGUGCUGGACUUGGAGACGUGAAGACCUGGGUUCAGAUGCUACCUCUGACUUUGCUAGCUCUUUGAUCAUAAGAAAAUCAGCCUCAGAGCCUGCAUUUCCUCCUCUCUUCCUUCCUGUAUAAGAAGGAUGAUACUCGGGCAGCUAGGUGGCGCAGUGGAUAGAGCAUCGGCCCUGGAUUCAGAAGGACCUGAGUUCAAAACCAGCCUCAGAUAAUUGAC